AAUAGGUAAAGAUAGAGAAGAGCAGGUAUAUUAGUAAUUUCAUUCAUAGGAGAAUCCAAAAAAAUCACAAAAAUGACAGCAACAUUUAUCCACAAAACAUGAUAAUAGUAGCUUUUGGAUCUUAAGGAAAGUCAACCUGGAAAUUCCUGAUUUUGCAGGCUUUCUUCAUCAGAUAACAUGGAGCAACACUUUGCAAUCAAGAAGGAUGUCACUCAAUUAAUAGGGAACACACCAUUGGUAUAUCUAAACAACAUAACAGAAGGAUGUGUAGCUCGUAUUGCUGCUAAGCUAGAAUACUUGCAAUCCUGCUGUAGUGUUAAAGAUAGGAUAUCGUUGAGCAUGAUUGAAGAUGCUGAGAGUAAAGGCCUCAUUACUCCUGGAAAGACUGUUCUUGUUGAGCCAACAAGUGGUAACACUGGCAUAGGAUUGGCGUCGAUAGCAGCAAUGAGGGGCUAUAAACUUUUAGUGACUAUGCCAGCUACUAUGAGUCUUGAAAGAAAAAUUAUACUGCGAGCUUUCGGAGCCGAGGUAUAUUUGACAGACCCUGCCAAAGGAAUUGAUGGUGUUUUUCAGAAAGCAGACGAGCUAUUAGCGAAGACGCCUAAUAGUUAUAAGCUCAAUCAGUUUGAAAACUCUGCCAAUCCAAAGAUUCAUUACGAGACCACUGGCCCUGAGAUUUGGAAAGACUCUGGAGGGAGAGUUGAUGCUUUGGUUGCAGGAAUAGGAACUGGGGGAACAGUAACAGGUACUGGGAAGUUCCUUAAGGAGAAAAAUCCAGAUAUCAAGGUGUAUGGUGUAGAACCAACUGAAAGUGCAGUUCUGAAUGGAGGAAAGCCAGGCAAACACCUAAUCCAAGGGAUCGGUGCUGGUAUCGUUCCCCCUAUCCUGGAAGUUGAUCUCCUAGAUGAAGUUAUUCAGGUUUCAGGUGAAGAAGCUAUAGAAACUGCUAAGCUGCUUGCCUCGAAAGAAGGUUUACUGAUGGGGAUUUCAUCAGGUGCUGCAACAGCAGCAGCAAUAAAAUUAGGGAAGAGACCAGAAAAUGCAGGAAAGCUCAUUGUUGUGAUUUUUCCCAGUUUUGGAGAGCGAUACUUAUCUUCACCACUUUUUGAAUCCAUCAGACAUGAAGCUGAACAAAUGACAUUUGACUGAAGUGGAUAAAUAGAUGAAAUUAGCAAUCGUUCUCAUUCUAGCUCUACUGUCACAACUGUGGUCUAUAAUAUAAGUUGAAGUUGAACAUCGAUUGAUCAACACUUUGUUAAAUUAUAGCGUUUGGAAAGACAGUUCAAUAAGUGUCCAUGCAGACAUAAACUUUAAAUAAAAUUGCUUUAAAUAUAGUCAUAUAUUUCUUAUAA